AUGGCGACCUCCACCACUGCAUUUGCCGAGUUUGCGCGUGAGUGGGGUGCUCUCCUGGCACACGACUCAUCCACGUCUCUGGAUCAUCUCUUCAGCGCAUACGUAGGGGUCAAAGAGGCGAAUGAUGUUACGUACAGCAGCAGCAGCGGUAACGAUAGGAGCAAGUCGCUAUUUACCUCUCCUGUCGCGUCCGUCGAGGACUUCACGGACGUCUGGGCCGCAGCCAAGCGCGUGAACAAGGAGUGGGAAGCUGCUUGCAUGGUGCGCAGCAUACGCCGCUCCAGCGAUGAGUCCAUCACUCAGAACCAGCUGAUGCUAUCCAUGCUCUGCUGGGCGGCCGCGCUGCAGCAGCAGGAGCACAGAUUCUUCAGUGAGUUCCUUGCACAAGUACGUGAGAUGAUCCACCAUGCUGCGCUGCGUUGCGCCGCCUACGCUAAUGACGAGGGUGCGGAAUCGAUCUUCGAGGAGGUUGCGUUUUGCGUCGCUCUUGAGCUGCUUGGGUGGCACGACAGCUUGUUGAUCUGCCUCCAGCGUGCCAUGGCCCUCCCUCCACCUCUGCAUACCGAGGAGGACGUUCUACUGUUCACCCAAAAGGUAGUCCAGGAGCUCGCAUCAGCCCUCAGCUCACGCAGAUCCAGCUCCGAUAGUAUGACUACCAUCACCACCCGCACGUCAGCGCUAGGAAGCUCCUUUGGGCAAGAGCAGUUUGUGCACUCCCCCGGUGCUGGUACCAAGGAAGAAGCGACAAGGUUGACUGUCGCUGUAGCGGGAGGAGAUGAGGGUGUCGUUUGGACCUCCUUGGGGCAGCCGCUAUCCAAGGAUGAUGCAUCGUCAUCGUCGAGAUCCAGCGUCGAGCACGCGCGCGCGGUGAGACGCAGUGACACAACCACCUUUAUCUUAGCUCCUACCCCUCCUUUUCAUCAACAUCACUGA